UCCUAAGUCCUAACCCUUCUGUCUCAAAACCUACGCUAAAAAAGCUAAAAUAUAAGUAAUAACACAGCACCAACCUUAUCCAGAUAGAUGAAUAUUGUCGUGAUUAUUAAUUUUAGGGCAAGUUAGGGAUUUCAGAUUUUUUUUAACUACAUUAUUUAGGGGAAAAAUCAUGCUAAUGUUGAUCAAUUUGUGAAACUUCUUCAAAGCCCAAACGAAGAGGAGAAUAAUUUCCAUUUUUAAUCUGCAGUGAAGAUUGACAAAGAGAAAAGCGAAAUGGGGGAAGAAGAAGAAAAGAGAAAGAGGGUAGUGGUUGAAUCUCUAGGAUGGCUCACUGAAUCCACUAUUAUGCCCAAAAAGCAUAAAGCCAUUGAAGGAGUUGGCGCUUCUUCAAUCUUAGAACUAAAGGUUGAACUCUACAAAUCCCAGGAAGAAGCCAAGAAAUCUAAAGAACUUUCUGGAACUGAUGUUGAAUACCACCGUGCCAAGAACAAGGUCUCCUCGAAUGACCCUUUUGUUCGCAAAAAUUCUGGCGUUGAUGCUCGUGCUCAUCAGGAUAAGCUUGCACUCAAGGCUGUAAGUGAUGGUUCUGCUAGCUAUGCAGCAUUAGAGAAAAAGGCGGAGUUAUAUGAAAAACUUGCCAGGGGAGAGCUUCCAGAUGAGGAAGAUAAUGAGAAGUAUUGUGUUGAUUUUUUCCGCAAGGGUCAAGAUGAAGAUGGAGUUCGGAACCUGCAAGCUAAUGCUUCAUCUUCCUGUAAAAUACCUGAAAUGGAAAAUGGUGAAUAUGAUGAUUUUAUUCCUUUCCAUUCCAAGCCCAUAGGUUUGGGGCGUACAACUGGAAUUGUUGACAUUGAUGAGCACAAACGCUUUGUCAGGGAAGUUCAUGAAGAGGUGAAUCAAGCCCGAGAAAAGGCAUCUGAACUCAAGGUACGCAGGCAAGAGCAAGCAACAGCUCGUCGAGAGAAGCUUAGACAGGCUUACAUUCGAAAACAACUAGAGAAGGUGAAGUCUGCUGCAACUGCAUCGAAACAAGACCAAACUUAACCUGACUUGUGCAGGCCGUGGAAUUUUUUCAUUUUUGCUGGUUGGCUGGCGCCUGCUCACUUGACUGUUGCUAUGUUAUUAAGUUUCUUCCGAAGCUUGCCUAAAGUUUGGCAACAUAGCCGAAAAAGUUGGUGCGAGCUUCCUUGUCUUCCACUUCCAUUGAAUUUGUAUGGAGUGUGGCUUACGAGUUAACAAUAUUAGCCACAGGCAUCACUAUCAUUAGACGUGAAGAGCAAAUGAUAUUCACUGCACGUGAAAUUGCACGAUGAAGACUUAUAAUCGCGUCUAAAGUAAUUUGUUUCUUGGCCGUGAAAGAAUUUUGGUCGAAGAACAUAGCGUGCUUUCAUCCACCUUUUGUGUUUUGCACUUGUGUUUACAUGAUUCCGGACUUUCCUUAUACUGAUGGCGACUAUGUUGAUGUUUAGUGAUUUUCAUUGUAGGAAGUUCUGCAAAUGUACAUAAUCAGUAGGAAAGCUUGCUUUGAACUAUCAGGCUAGUAAAGUGGCCUUGAAUAUCCUUGCAUUUUCUUGAUCUUUAAAAUUUAAAAUUGUAAAAUCUUAAUUUU